AGCAGCAGCAGCAGCAGCAGGAGGGGUCCGGGGUCCCCGAGGCUCCCCGCUCCGCCCUGGAAGCAGCCGGCGUGAUCUUGGGCCCGUCCGUCGCCCUCUCUCCGCCUCGCCUACCUGGCAGGGAUGUUGGUGGGAGAAUGAACUUGUUCAGAUGAGAACAACGUCGUAGGCCUCUUGGGGGGGGAGGGAGGGAGGGAGGGAGGGAAGGGGCUCGCCUGUAUCCAGCGCCUCGUGUCCUUCCGGCCAGGUCUGAAUUGCCACUGCCCCUUCCCCAGCACAGGUGUGCCUUCCCUCCAGCUGUUCCUGCUGCCGCAAGACCAUGUCUCAGGACAGAGGGGCCCGGCCCAAAGUGAGGUCAGACGUAGGCACCCGGGGGCAGCCCUGCAGCAGGUGGAGGGCCCGGCCCACCCAGUCUUCGGAGGGGCGAAGGCAAGCAUCUCUUGAGGUGGAGUCAGGCAGGUGCCCACCAGACCCCGGCAAAGGGACCGGGCGUUCCUUGCGACAGAAGCUGCAGGCAGCCGUGGGCCACUGCUUCCCCCUCAAGAGCACACCCCACUCCCCCAACCUCUCCUCCCAGCGCAAAAUCCACCUUCGGGAGCUGAUGCUGGACACGUGCCCCUUCCCGCCAGGAUCGGAGCUAGCCUGCACGUGGAACUUGAUUAAGCAGCACACUGCGCCCGUCUCUGAACACGAGGCCUUGGGCCCGCCGACCCUGGAAGACGAAGACGACCGCCUGAGAGAGCGCCGGCGCAUCAGCAUAGAACAAGGAGUAGAGCCCCCUCCCGACGCACUGAUCCACACUUUCGAGGUCACUGCGCAGAUCAACCCCCUCUACAAGCUGGGGCCCAAGUUGGCGCAUGGCAUGAACGAACUGGCGGGGCCCACCAGGACCGUGCUGGCUGUGGCGGAUGAAGGGGACGAAGAGGAGGCGGACGUAGCUUCCACGGCGGUGCCGGAAGGGAGGGACGGCUUGCGGGUGCACACGCAGAUAGACUACAUCCACUGCCUGGUCCCCGACUUGCUGCAGCUGACGCAGCUGCCCUGUUACUGGGGCGUCAUGGACCGCUACGAGGCCGAGGCGCUUCUGGAAGGGAAGCCGGAGGGCACUUUCCUCCUACGAGACUCCGCCCAAGAGGACUACCUCUUCUCAGUCAGCUUCCGGCGCUACGGGCGGUCCCUCCACGCCCGCAUCGAGCAGUGGAACCACAACUUCAGCUUCGACGUGCACGACCCCAGCGUCUUCCAUGCGCCCACCGUGACAGAGCUGCUGGAACACUACAAGGACCCCAGCGUGUGCAUGUUCUUUGAGCCGUUGUUGUCCGUCCCGGUGAACCGCACCUUCCCUUUUGACUUGCAGCACCUCUGCCGGGCCGUGGUGACCUGCUGCACCACGUACGACGGCAUCGGACAGCUGCCCAUCCCCAGUGCCCUGAAGGAGUACUUGAAGGAGUACCACUACAAGCAGAGGGUGAGGGUCCGGCGGCUGGACGCGUGGUGGAGCUGAGGGGGGUGCUGCCCCUCCUCCCCUCAGCUCCAGUGCUUGUGGUCUUCACUUCACCUGUGCUUGGCCAGGGUUGUGAACUUGUGUCUUUUGUUGUCCCUGCACUUGAUGUGUCUCCAAAACCAGGAAAGGAGCCAAAGGGACCGGGAGCCGGACGCCAGCCUCCUCCAGACCAGGGGAGGAGCAGUUGGGCCAGGCAGUCGCAGGAGGGCUGCCUUGAAAGUCAGGCCAGUGGGAGGCGGGGGCGGAACGCAAACUUAGCCAGGCAGCAGGAUUGGCCUUUGGGCGAAGGGGGGAGGAAGCAGAGAGCCUUUGCCGGUGGCUCCACAUCCCUAGGGGUUCACGGAAACCAGUGGAGAAUGCCAAAGAAAGCACAGUGUGGGAGUAGGGACGGGCACUCUCCUCCUGGGCUCUCCCCAAAACUUUUGCUGUUCCUACAUGAGAAAAACUCCCUCCCCCUCUGAGCUGGAGGAGCAUCCCCUCCCCCCAGACCCUUAUGGAAAAGAGGGGGGCAAAGGCAUAGGCCUGGGGCAGGUGUGUUAAAAGGCAGAGAGGCAGGUGGGUCACCAGGGAUUGCGUGCAGAGGAUUCCAUUGACAAACCAUUCACCCUCACCUAUGGCCCCCUCCUGCAUCACUAAAGAGAAUGUUGCCUUGAAAUGUGUACAUGGACUUUAUGCCUCCAGAGCUGUUGGACUGUUCUGCCUGGGUAGCCUGCAGUCAGGAGGUAAACAGAGGGGUUACCUGGAGCAAAGACAGCCUCCGCCCAGAAGCUCCAAGUUGGUCCCGGUUUAGAAAUCUGACCAACAGGAGGAGGAGCAGCAGAAGCACAUCAGAGUUCUCUGGCUCAGCGGAAGCCCCCAAGCCCCCUCCCCUGAGACUUCAGACCAUCCCGCACUGCCCCCUGCCAGCUGCUCUCCUUCCUCCAAACCAGCACCCCUGGCUUUCAGGCUCGGAGGCAAAAAAAUUCAGUGAGAGCCUAGGCCCGUGGCCUACAGCCUGGCCUACAGUAUGGAGAAGCCGCUGGCCCUGGUCAAAGGAGAGCAGAGUAGUUGCUGCCAGUUGGGUGAGCCCAGAGGAAUAGGAAUAAGCGGCACUUCCCAACAAGGGCAACAGACGGGACACCUGGCCCAGAGAGAUGGGGGUCCCCUUACAGGCUACAUAGGCAAGCCUCUGCCUCCACAAAGCGCCCGCCCUCCCUUAUGUUGAGGAUGCCGCAAACUGAAAUGUCUUGAGGUGAGUGAGGGAAGAGGUGGCUGAGCAGAGGCCAGACCUCAACAAUGCCAGCUAGAACCGGCCAGGGACUCUCCAUCCCGCUUUUCUGGGUCAUCUGCACAAGGCACCAGCCAGGUCCUCUGGCUCACGUGUGUGUCAUGCUUCCCCCACUCGCCCGCAGAGAAGAAUGGAGGAGCCAUGGCAAUUGGGGCUUUUCCUUUGGUGCUGUGUCCUGACAGCGCACCCCCUCCCCAACCACUCUGCUUGCAGGAGGAAGAGGCUCUGCCUCUUUUUCUCUGGGAAGGGUCUUGAAUAGAGAUGGCCUUACCCAAGGGGAAAUGGUUCAUCUGCUCCUCUUCUAAAGUUAGGGAAAAAAGUCACAUUUGCCUCAGUGAAGUCAGCUGCACCCAGGCCCAACUGGGGUGGGGUGGGGUGUUUGGCACAGUGCUCCAGAUCGGCCAAUGGCCACAACUAUUCCUGCCUCCUGCAGAGUGGAAAGAUGGCCCAGGCUGAUCUCCAUCCACAAGAACAGGAGAAUUGGCUUCUUUCAGUGCUCUGACCUCCACCACACAAUUGACACGAUUCAUUCAGAAACACACACAUCCCUCAUCCCCCAGCAAGAAAUUCAGUUUCACGUUAAGGUACGACCCGCCCGCCCUCCACCCAAAGAAAACCAAACAUGAAAAGUAGUUAAUACAAAAUAAGCACAGCUUUAUCAUAGAGGUUAAUAAAAAAGGGCUAAUACUUAAAUUCUGGAUGCCUUUUACAAAGCAAAACUAGAAGGGGGGAGCGGCCAGGGAGUCCAACAGAGCAAUCUAAAGUCAGAAUGGAUUUUUUUUUUUUGUAAAAUGUUUUGUGUUUUUUUUUUAAAUAACGUAUUCAUGGUUACCAGCCAUAGUCAUAACAAAAGUUAUUCAUAAUAAAAUGUAUCUAAAAUAACAUUUCUAUCUGAAACAGGAA